GUGGAAGAAAUAUGUGAAGUUUCCCCUUCGCUCUUCAAAUAGGAUGCAUAAAAUUCUCUUCACCACUAUUGUUGACAGUACUGAUGUUUGGAAAUUUAAUGUAAGAAAAUGAAUUUUAGUUGCAAAAAUGGAAGUCUAUCCAUUCUCUGUGUUACCGCGUUCAUAACUGGGCUUUUUGUCUUGGUUCCUGCUCAGCCAGGAUUCCUCAACAUUGAUUGCGGCGGGAUAAGAAAUUCCAUUGAUUCAGAGACAAAUAUGACCUGGAUUGUAGAUGCUAACUAUAUAGAUGUUGGCAAUAUAGCAAACUUUUCUAUGCCAAAUACACCAUUCCACAUGCAGUCUCUGAGGUUUUUCCCAAGACCUCUAAAUAAGUCUUGUUAUCGGUUGCCUGUGAGUCCGAACGUAAACUAUCUCUUGAGACUCUGGUUUCUAUUUGGUGAUUACAAGAAAUUCCAAACAGUUCCCAGUUUUAAUUUCUCCGUUGAGACGGAGGGAUUUGUUACUCACAGGACCAAGACAGUUAUCUAUGCGCAUGUACCAAGGAUCACUGAUAUGAUUUUAACAAGUCCCAAUGGUGUAUUUCAAGUUUGCUUGAUUAGAAGUUUCGAUGACACCGAUCCUUUCAUCUCUGCAAUUCAGUUGAGAAGUCUUGUGAGUGGGAUGUACAGUUUGCAAGUGAAACCCGGCAUAAUGUUGCACACCAUUGGAAGAUAUGAUCUUGGUAAUAAAUCACCCAAGGCUAUCAGGUAUCCUCAAGAUGAAUUCGAUCGCAUUUGGUCUUUAGACAACGCUUUAAGUUUAAGGACCAAUAAUCAAGCAAUAUCCAAAUGUUCGGUGGACUUCUUCGGCAAGAAAAAUAAUAGCAGGAAUUUUCCUCCAACAGUUGUUUUGCAGACAGCGCUUAUGGUGGAAACAGCUACACAGCCUUUAAAUAUCUUUCUAGAAGCAGUGGAAGGCCAAAACUUAAUUGUAUUAUAUUUUGCAGAGACCCAGGUCCUGAAUGCUUCUGAAUAUAGGAAAUUCAAAAUUGUGAUAAAUGAUAUUGUAGUUCGCAAUAUAAGCUUGGAUGUGAAAAGUAAUUUUGUAGAGCUGCCGGUGACAUACAACAACACUGGACUGGCUGUAAAUGUUUCUCUCGAGACUAUUGAAGAUGAGCCUGGUAAAUCUAACCGCAAGGCACUCAUUAACGGGCUUGAGUAUUAUAAUAUAGUCCCCACGGAGCCGCUCACUGAUGCAAGCGAUGUUAGUGCGCUUUCGUCUAUUAAAACUGCUUUUGGCAUGAAGAACUGGACAUCUGAUCCUUGCUUUUGUAUUUCAUGGGAGGGAAUCAGAUGCAACAAAAACAACACAGUUAGAGUUGUAGAAGUCAAUCUAUCGGGAAGGAAUCUGUUUGGAUCGGUACCAAGUCGCAUCAAUGACUUAAUUGCAUUGAGAAGCAUUUCCUUCCAGGAAAACCAUUUAUCAGGAUUUCUACCAGAUCUGUGCAACUUAGGAAGAUUGGAGAUACUGCGACUUCAAAACAACAAUUUCAGCGGUAUCUUCCCAGACUGUCUGUCCAAAUUGAAAAAUUUAAAGGAAUUAAAUCUAGAGAACAAUAAUUUCAGCGGAGUUUUACCCCAAGAACUUAUGUGUAAUAAAUUAUUGGACCUUAGGUACUCUGGGAAUCCAUAUCUCCACAAAGUUGAAAAUAAUUGCCACUCCAAGGAUAACAAAAUUAAGAUUGUGGUUGUAUCAGUAAUAGGUGCUCUCCUCGGUGGUUCGCUGGUGGUGAUAUUCGUCAUUAUGUACCAACGAAGAAGAUGCAUGAAGGCAAAAGAUGUAGGUUUAAUAGCGAUCAUGGAACCAAACACCUCGAGUUGCCGUUCAUUCAGUCUGUUGGAGAUGAAAACUGCCACAAUCAAUUUCAGCCAAAAGAUCGGAGAGGGCGGUUUCGGAAGUGUUUACUUUGGCAGGUUACCUGAUGGAAAAGAUGUGGCUGUAAAGCUGCUCUCCUCCUCCUCAAAACAAGGACUGGCAGAGUUCCUGAACGAGAUCAAUCUCCUAUCUCGAGUAAAUCACAGGAAUUUGGUGUCUUUGAUUGGCUACUGCAACGACUCGAAGGAACUUAUGCUUGUGUAUGAACAUUUGUGUGGAGGAUCUCUUAAGGACCACCUCUACGGAUCUCUAUCAAACAUUUCUACACUUGAUUGGAAAACUAGACUUCGCGUAGCUCUAGACGCUGCUCAAGGACUGGAAUACCUACAUGUAAGCUGCACACCAAAAAUCGUUCAUAGAGAUGUGAAAAGCUCAAACAUCCUCCUCGACACCAAUAUGCGGGCAAAAUUGGCAGAUUUCGGUCUUUCAAAAAUCAUUGGCGAUGACGUAAUCUCUGUUAGAAUUUAAUCCCAAUUGCAGGGAACUUUAAUGCAUCCGUAUACUCCUCCUGCAAGCUCAACUACUCCUCUCUCUUCUCGCCUCCGUUUUAGGACAGUUUUUGAAUUUGGUUUGAUGGCAUAUCCUGAUCAUAUCUUUCUCUGCACGGUAGCUGCUAAGUCAGCAUUAAAUAUAAUUAAUUAGUUUUUGUUUUCCCCCCAUACGAUGGAAUUUAUUUUUGGCUUAUGACAAAAAGGCUAAGUUCAUAAUUUUUUUAAGACAGAAAUAUAUGUGAAAAAGGGCAUCGCACGGGUAAGAAAAACAGGGCAGAACAGGGAGAACAGAGAGCAGAAUCAGAACAGGGGUUUCCAUUUUUUCAUGUCUAAGAAACUAUUUGAAGAGCUCAAGCUCUGUCUUAUUUGUAUGGUUUGAUAUUUGAAUGAAUGAAGAGAAGGACUGGUUAUUUGAAUGUUUUUGUCUCUUGUUUUCAGAGCAGAUUAACUUUAGAUUUCUUUCAGUAUUUUCUGUCUCUAUUUUGCCCUUCUCUGUUUGUUCAUCUCUGCCUCCAGAACUAGCUCGACAUCUCCCCCUUAAUCACAAUUGCUACCAUCUAUGAUGCCCAAUCGAUCUCUUUGAUAGACAAAACUUUCUUUUCCCAAUGCCUUGGUGAAGAUAUCUGCACAUUGAUCUUGAGACCUGCAAAAUUCCAAAAAGAUUUCUCCAUUGCUGAUUAGUUCUCUAAUGAAAUGAUAUCUAGUGUCAAUACGUUUGCUUCUCUUGUGGAAUACUGGAUUCUUUGACAAUGCUAUGGCUGAAUUGUUGUCACAGUAGAUCUUUGUUGCCUCCUCUUGUUCUUGUUUGAGAUCUUUCAAAACUCUUCUCAUCCAAACUGCUUGACAUGAUGCACUUGUGGCUGCUACAUACUCUGCUUCAGCUGAUGAAAGAGUGACAAUUGGUUGUUUCUUUGAAGACCAUGAAACUACACCUGUUCCAAAAUGAAAGACAUAGCCGGAAGUGCUCUUCCUAUCAUCAAUGCUUCCAGCACUAUCACUAUCCAUGUAUCCUAUGAGUUUGAACUCUUUUGAACUUGAAUAUUGGAUCCCAUAAUUCUUGGUUCCACUCACAUAUCUCAAAAUUCUUUUACCAGCUUGCCAAUGUGAAACUUUUGGAGACUCCAUGAACCUUGAAAUCAAACUUACACCAUACAUAAUGUUUGGCCUUGUUGCUGUUAAAUACAUGAGGCUUCCAACAAGUUUUUUAUACAAAGUUGGAUUUACCUCAAUUCCUUUGUCAUCUUUACUCAAUUUCAAACCUGUCACAAUUGGUGUUGGGGCUGAUUUGCAUUUCAUCAUAUUAAACCUCUUCAAAAUGUCAUUUGCAUAUUUUGUUUGAGAGAUGAAUAUACCAUUUUCAUUUUGAUUCACCUCAAUGCCAAGAAAAUACUUCAUUAAACCCAAAUCAGUCAUCUCAAAUUCUUUCUUCAUAUCUGAUUUGAACUUGUCAAUUGAUAGAUCACCCGUGAAUACUAAGUCAUCAACAUAUAAGCAAACAAUUAUGAUCUCACCUUGCUCAUUCAUUUUGGUGUAUAAAGUAGGCUCACUGCUGCACCUAUUGAAUCUAUUUUGUAAAAGAUAAGAGUCAGUUUUGCUAUACCAUGCCCUUGGGGCUUGUUUGAGUCCAUAAAGAGCCUUCUUGAGCUUGUAAACCUUGUUUUCAUGACCCAAAGUCUCAUAACCAGGUGGUUGUUCCACAUAGACUUCUUCUUCUAAAAUGCCAUUCAAGAAAGCUGAUUUCACGUCCAUUUGAUAUACUGCCCAUUUGUUUUGAGCUGCUAUGGCCAAUAUUGUUCUUACGAUGUCCAUACGAGCAACUGGUGCAAAUGUCUCAUUGUAGUCUAUUCCGGGUUGUUGAGAGUAACCCUUUGCUACUAACCUUGCCUUAUGUUUUUGGACAUCACCAUUUGCAUUCAAUUUGGUUUUGUAAACCCAUUUCACUCCAAUCACCUCUUUUCCUUGUGGAAGAUUCACCAACUCCCAUGUUUGAUUCUUUUCAAUAGAAUCUAUUUCUUCAUCCAUUGCAAGCAUCCAUUUUUCUUCUUUAAUUGCUUCUUCAAAAUGAAUUGGAUCAUCUACAUGUGAAUAUAAAGCAAAAAGAGAAGUCUGUCCUUCAUUGUUUCCACCUUCAUUUUGCUCAUAAAUCUCUCUUAAACUUCUGAUUUUUUGUCUUCUUAAGCUUGCCAAUGUAGGAUUUGACAUGUCACUUGAUGUAGACCCUGUGGAAUGUGGACUUGCUGUCCCUGCACUAAAAAUCCCUAUUGUUGAUGGUGUUUGCUGCCUAUUUACUUGAGUGUUUGUUUGCAUACGUGACGCUGUUCUUACACUUGAUGAUGGUGUUGCUUGACUACCUUGUUGUCCUUGAAUGGGUGUAGGAGGACUGACAUUUGGAAGACUGCCUGCUGCUAUAUCAUCUUCAUUUUCUUCUUGUGGUAAAGUGGCUACAAUAUUAAUGGUUUUAUCCAUGGUUCCAUCCCAUGCUUCAUCUUCUACAAAUUGAACAUCCCUGCUGAUUAUUACCUUCUUGUUGAUUGGAUUAUAUAGCUUGUAUGCCUUGGAUUCAUUACUAUAUCCCACAAAUAUGCAUUUUUCUCCUUUGUUGUCUAAUUUUCUUCUCAAUUGAUUAGAUACAUGUGCAUAUGCAACACAUCCAAAAACUCUCAUGUGAGCAACAUUAUGUUUUCUUCCACUCCAAGCUUCUUCCGGAAUUAUAUUCUUCACACUUUUUGUUGGACAUCUAUUCAUUAUAUAGGCUGCACAUGAUAUAGCUUCAGCCCAAUACUCAUUUGGCAAAUGUUUGGCCUUCAACAUGCUUCUAGCCAUUUCCAUGAUUGUCCUAUUUUUCCUUUCAGCUACCCCAUUUUGUUGAGGUGUGUAGCUAGUGGUGAAUUGCUUGUGGAUUCCAUGUUUCUUGCAAAAUCUUAGAAGAUCAUUUGAGAUGUAUUCACCACCUCUAUCCGUUCUCAAUGCUUUGAUGUAGUGACCACUUUGUUUUUCAACUAGAGCUUUGAAUUGACAAAAAUAUUCAAACACUUCACUUUUAUGCUUUAGAAAGUAAACCCAUGUUUUCCUUGAGUAAUCAUCAAUAAAUGUUAAAAAGUAGAAUCUACCACCUAUUGAGGGUGUUUGCAUUGGGCCACACAAAUCUGAAUGGAUUAUCUCCAAAGGUGCCUUAGCUCUCAUUGAC